GGUAUCGUCGGUAAUGGCGGCGGCGGCGAGCCAGGCGCUCUCCGGGCCUGAGAUGGGUUCCCGGGGCCUGCGGACGACAGCCGGCUCUUCGGUGAAGGUUUUAGAAUGUGGAGUUUGUGAAGAUGUUUUCAGUCUGCAAGGUGACAAAGUACCUCGUUUACUCCUUUGUGGUCAUACAGUCUGCCAUGAUUGUCUCACCCGCCUUCCACUUCAGGGGAGAGCAGUACGUUGUCCAUUUGACCGACAGGUGACUGAACUAGGUGAUUCAGGCAUCUGGGGUCUAAAGAAAAACUUUGCUUUACUGGAACUCCUAGAACGGUUGCAGAAUGGCACUGUCAGUCCCCAUGGAGCUUCUGAUGAGGUUCUGGCAGUGUCAGGAGAGCGUAUUAUCCGCUGUGAUGAAGAUGAAAACCACGAUGCAUCCAUGUAUUGUACUGUGUGUGCAACUCAUCUUUGUGCGGACUGCUCCCAAUUAACACACUCCACACGGACGUUGGCCAAACAUCGAAGAGUACCUCUGGCUGACAAACCACAUGAGAAAACCAUGUGCUCUCAACACCAAGUGCAUGCAAUUGAAUUUGUUUGUUUAGAAGAAGGAUGUCAAUCAAGUCCCUUGAUGUGCUGUGUAUGCAAGGAAUAUGCUAAGCAUCAAGGACACAAGAAUAUACUCUUAGAAACAGAAGCAGAUCAAAUUCGUGCAUCCAUUUUGGAUAUGGCACACUGCAUUCGCACUUUUACGGAGGAAAUCUCUGACUAUUCCAGAAAACUAGGUGAGAUUAUUCAUAAAGUUGAAGGAGGAGAACAAAUAGUAGAAAACCGAAUUGGAAUGGCUCACACUGAACAUGUUCCAGGUACUGCUGAGAAUGCACGAUCCUGUGUUCGUGCAUACUUUGCAGAAUUGCAUGAAACACUGUGUCGACAGGAGGAAAUGGCAUUAAGUGUAGUUGAUGCACAUGUGCGAGAGAAGUUGAUAUGGCUAAGACGACAGCAAGAGGACAUGACAAUUUUGCUGUCUCAGGUUUCAACAGCUUGUCUUCACUGUGAAAAAACACUACAGCAGGAUGAUUGUCGGGUAGUGAUGGCUAAACAGGAGAUUACUUGUUUAUUGGAAACAUUACAGAAGCAACAGCAACAAUUCACUGAGCUUGCUGACCAUAUCCAAGUGGAUGCCAGUAUCCCUGUAACCUUCACAAAGGAUAACCGUGUUCAUAUUGGACCCAAAAUGGAGAUACGUGUAGUUACUUUAGGACUGGAUGGAGCAGGCAAAACAACUAUUCUUUUUAAAUUGAAACAGGAUGAGUUUAUGCAGCCUAUUCCUACAAUAGGUUUUAAUGUGGAAACAGUGGAAUAUAAAAAUCUCAAGUUUACUAUCUGGGAUGUAGGAGGCAAACAUAAACUGAGACCACUCUGGAAGCAUUAUUACCUCAAUACACAAGCAGUUGUAUUUGUGAUUGAUAGCAGCAACAGGGACCGACUAAUGGAGGCACACAGUGAAUUGGCCAAGUUGUUGACUGAAAAAGAGUUAAGGGAUGCUUUACUACUUAUCUUUGCCAAUAAGCAGGAUGUGACUGGAGCACUAACAGUAGAAGAAAUCACACAGUUACUCAGUUUGUAUAAACUAUGCUGUGGUCGCAGCUGGCAUAUUCAAGGCUGUGAUGCCCAGAGUGGCUUGGGACUACAUGAAGGAUUAGACUGGCUCUCAAGACAUUUAGUGGCUGCAGGUGUACUGGAUGUAGCUUAAAUUUGUUGCACAAUAGGCUAUGCCUGUACCUGGUUGCUUUGCAUGUAUCUCUAAUAGUUGUGUUAAAUUUGAAGAACAAUAACACAGUGAGAUACAUGGGCAGAAAGUUUGUAAAACAGAUGUGAAAUGUAUAAACAAUGUGAUUAAGAAAGCAGGUCCUACUAAUUGGAUUUUUGUUGCAUUUGUUUUCUUUUUCCAAGUGCUGUUAAUUUGCUUGUAACUAAGUGGUUCAGUUUGUUGUCUCUAUGCAGCAUUUACUAUUUAAGAACUUAGUUUUGUUUUAUAGUGCUGUUAAAGUUUUGAACACAUGUUUAAUGCUAAUUGUCUUCACUACAUUGCCAUUGUAUAUUAUGUAUUAUGCAUUAUGUAUUAACUAGUUCUGAAACUGAGCUGUAAAAAGCCUCUAAUUAUCUGUAACGUAUCUAUUACUGUUGAAUACUGUGUGCCUCACAAUGAGCAGCCUGAACAUUAUUGGCUUAGUAACAAGCUUAACUUAAUUCACGUUCAUAAUUAAAAGGCAGGUUUGGUAAGUAAACUUUAUUCUGUCAAAUUACAUUCAACUGAGAAUCUCAAUCAGCCGCUUCUCCUUGCUCAGCUGAGUCCCACAGCAGCUGUAUUUGUAUAUUUAAAAAAAAAUCAUGGGUUGUGACAGGUCUGAAGAGCGGAGCCAGGGUAAUCACAUUACUGGCUGUGUGUUUGCAGCCAGUUGGCAACAUUAAAUGGAGAAUUUUUUAAUAAAUUGCAAUCCCUAAUCUUUUUAAACAUGUACAGCAUGGAUAUUUUAAUUUUGCAUUGACUAAACACAGUUUGCCAAAGCCAAAUUAAAAAGUUACUAAAGUUUUUGGAACAAGACAUUGUUUCUCACUUGUAUUUUACUUGGCUGGCAUAGGUGCAGAUAAUCUCUUUCUCAUGUGGUUAAAUCAAACACAGCUGUGCAACUCGAGUUGUGAGAUUUACAGUUUCUAGUCAGCACUACACUAGAAACUCAAAACAAGGAGAAUAAUGACUGGAGCACUUUCAGGCAAUUGUGAAGUGAAGACACUACGUUUGUCAUGACUGAAUGAUGGGCUCGCUUGCACAAUAAGUAUGAAGUCUAAGCUUCAAUUACUCUGUGCCAGGAGAUUUAAGUAUAAGCUAAAUAAGUGCUUUUAAGGUCAAAAUAUUCUAUUGCUGAAAACCAAACUAUUGUUUGGUUGUGUAUCAUUAAAUCCUAGUUAACUAUAGGAGAGUGUCACUAAUAAAUACUUAAGAAAAAGGAGAAUCAAACUAUCUUUUUAUUAACUGCUGAUGUGACCAUGCCACAGUUCUGCCUCUUUUAUAUGAUAGGUGGAGGCCUAAGACUAGAUCAAAGUUCCGUUUAUUAUCAGAGUACAUACAUGUCACCACAUACAACCCUGAGAUUCUUUUUCUGUGAGCAUACUGAGCAAAUCUAUGGAAUAGUAAAUGGGAUCAAUGAAUAACAAACUGAACAAUAAAUACUGAGCAUGAAAUAACGAGAG